UGUUUAUUGUUUUGUGGCAGAAUCAGUUUUUGUUUAAACAAAGUCAGCCCGCUGUUUUAGUUUAAAAGCAAGAAUUCAAAACCAUUUCUUUUUUUCUAAACUUAUUAGUUGGGCUUUCCUUAUCAGAUUUGUAAAGCAUUAACAUGGAGUUUUUUAAUCGUUAUAUGUUAUAUAUAGUAUAGCUGAUUUAUUUAACUAUCAAAUUAGGUGAUAGCAUUUAAAAUUCUUGAAAAAUCAAAUUAAAUGUAACCCUGAGCUCUAUUCUAUGCUGUUUGUGUAUACCUCACAUGAUUCCAGCACUUUUGGGACUUCAAUGUUCCGAGGCCGCAGCACAAUUGAUAGUUACACCUCAGUUCUUGAUUGAAUUUCGAGCAAACUAGACGCACUUUGUGCUGAGAAAGAGAAAUGGGAACUAGUUGGUUUAAUGGCACAACACUUUUAUUUGGCUUUUGCAGUGCCGUCUAUGUAUUGUUUUUAACAUUUGCAAUAUUAACUUUAGUUAUGUGUUAAAUAACUUACAUUAAUAUCCUAUUGUUUCCAAUGCAAUAACCUGAUUUCGGAUUGUAUAAUUUUUUAAGUUGUUGUUGACAAAAUGAAGCAUAUGGUUGGCUCCUAUCCGCCCAAGAAGGAAAUUCAAUUUUAUUUGACGCCCGCUGAGGAGGCACCCUCUGGCACAUUUUCCCGCGGCACGUACUCGGUCA